CGGGACAAGGGACAAGGGCCGGACAGGCGUUGCCUAUAAAAGCGGGGUGCACACUCAGUUAUACCCCAGGUGUCUGCGACUCCCUCAUCCCUCACCCCUUACGAGCACUGCUCCAGAGUCUGUGACUCGACGUCUGCACGUUUAGCCUAGUUCAUAUAAUCUAAUACUGGUCCAUUCCUUCGUAUUUUUCUUGAAUAAUGCAGCUCAGAAUCCUCGGUGCCUUUGCCUUCCUCGCCCUUGCUGGUAAUGUGGCGGCCUUGCCGGUAGCAGAGCCCGCCCCAUCGUUAGUCGUACUCGACGCUCGUGCAGUGACCGUCCACCCCACCUUCGCCGGAGACCUGAAAAGCAUCGUAAUUCCCGAACUCACCGCAGCUGAUAGGAAAGACGCAAAGACUCUGAAGAAGGCUCAAGCGAAGAUCGCGAAGAAGACCGCGCAGCAGAAGGUGAUCGCGGGCCGCCAGCAGGCAGCGCUCGCGCGAGUUGAGACGGCUAUCAACGCCGCGUCGUCGGCGCUGAAACUUUCUGGCUCGCUGAACGUCGACAUCAUCAACGAUUUCCACACGUCGAGGUCCGACGAGGACUCACAUGCGACGUUCAAGUUCAAGGCGCCGAUCUGUGCCCCCGAGUGCACCGGGCACGCGUACAACCCUAAAGCCAAGGAUGGCCAGGUCGCGAGGAUAUUCAGCGCUGCACACAAUUCCAUAUUUGGAGGCGAGCCUCGGAAGGGGAUCCUUUAAGUUAUUCACUCGCGAGUUAGAUACACCUAAAUAUUGUAGCAUACACAUUCGUGCAAGUCAAACGUCACAGAC